AUGGAGAACUCACUGCUCUCUCAAAAGUCGUCCGACUCGGGUCUUCAUAUCUCACUUCAUCCCCUCGUUCUCCUCACCGUCUCCGACCACAUCACCCGUCACGCCGCUCGCCAGCAACAAGGCCCCGUCGUGGGUGCUCUGCUCGGCCAGCAGAAUGGGCGCGAGAUAACAUUGGAGCAUGCAUUCGAGUGCCCAACGACAAACGGUCCCAACGGCGAGGUUCUUCUACCUGAGGCAUGGUUCGAAGAGCGAGUAAAGCAGUUCAAGGAUGUGCAUAAAGCUCCGCCUCUCGAUAUAGUGGGCUGGUGGUCAACGGCUCCAUCGACCGGACCCGAUGCCUCACACCUUCCGCUCCACCGACAGCUUCUCCAGGACUACAACGAGUCCGCCGUCUUCCUAGCCUUCCACCCAUCCCAGCUGCAAUCAGAGACACACACUGCCAAGCUGCCACUGACCGUCUACGAGAGCGUGUACGAGGGCGAGAAUGCCACCGAUUCAGCGAAGGAGAUGCAGGUGGAUGGAGAGGAGCCCCAGCUGAACAUCCGGUUCCGCGAGUUGCCACAUACUGUCGAGACGGCGGAGGCUGAAAUGAUCGGGAUUGACACCAUUGCCAAAUCAUCUGGCACUGCUGCGAAUGAUAUUCCGGCCCAGGAGGCUUCCGGGUUGAAACAGCAGAAACCGGAUACAGCUUCGAAGCAGGGAGCCGAGAAGAGCGUGCAACCUGAGCUCUCGCAGGAAGAGGAAGAGUUAAUAUCAAGCCUCAACACCCGCCUCAACGCAAUCCGCACUCUUGAAUCCCGCAUCUCGCUCAUAAAGUCCUACGUCUCCAGCAUCUCCUCGGCAGACGCUCCUAGCUCAGACACACCCAACAACAAAGAAGGAACGCAAUCCACACAGCUCUCCCACCCAAUCCUCCGCAACAUCAACUCCCUCCUCUCCCACCUCUCUAUCCUCUCUCCACAGGAACACGGUCCCCUCUCCGUCGACGUCCUCUCACAGAGCAACGACGUCCUCCUGAUUUCGCUUCUGGGCCAGCUCGGUGAGAACGUCAAGGCCAUGCGCGAGCUUGGUCGCAAGUCGGCUAUUGUGCAGAGUGCGCGCCAGACUAGUUCUGCACGCAAGAAUCCUGCUCUCAUGCAGGGUCGCUUUGAGGAGGAGCUCUUUGCGCAGGGCAUGGGUGGGCCAGGGGCGGCUGCUGCUGGGAUGUAUUCCUAG